UACUAGAAGAGACGAGGUGGACACUGGAGUUCAAAACAAAAGACAACAACAAUGCAAACAUCAAUCGCAUCAUACUCUUCACUUCCAAACACACUCAUCAAUUUCAAUUUAAGAACAAAAUUUUCAAAUCUAAACCCUAUUUUCCAUCGAACUAAACCAUGUUCCCAAAUCACACUACAAAAUCUUCAACCUCAAUCACCAUUAAUCUCUUCCACAUCAAAAUCCCCCAGAAUUCUUGGCCCACUUCGUUGCGGCAUUUCGUCGAACGGAGAGAGUGCAAAUGCAGGUGGGAGGAGUAUUAGAGAAUGGGUUGAAGUUUCCGGUGAGGCGAUAUCGACAGCGUUUCCGUUAUGGGUUACAAUUGGGUGUGUGUUGGGUUUGAUGAGACCAAGUUCGUUUAAUUGGGUUACUGAUAAAUUGAGUAUUGUGGGACUUAGUGUAAUUAUGCUUGGUAUGGGUAUGACUUUGACUCUUGAUGAUCUUCGUUCUGCUCUUUCUAUGCCUAAAGAAGUUCUUUCUGGUUUUUUUCUUCAAUAUUCGGUGAUGCCAUUAUCUGCAUUUUUUAUAAGCAAACUCUUAAAUCUUCCAUCACAUUAUGCAGCUGGUUUAAUAUUAGUUGGGUGCUGUCCAGGGGGCACGGCUAGUAAUAUUGUAACAUAUCUUGCACGUGGAAACGUGGCGCUUUCCGUUGUAAUGACAGCUGCUAGCACUCUUUCGGCCGUGAUCAUGACUCCUUUUCUUACAGCCAAACUAGCUGGUAAAUAUGUUGCUGUGGAUGCAGCCGGUUUAUUGAUCUCGACAUUACAGGUUGUGCUUUUUCCUGUAUUGGCUGGUGCACUACUGAAUCAGUAUUUCCAACCUCUUGUUAAACUUGUGUCUCCAUUGAUGCCACCCUUGGCUGUAGCAACUGUGGCAGUUUUAUGUGGAAAUGCAAUUGCACAGAGUUCUUCUGCAAUCCUAAUGUCUGGUGGGCAGGUGAUCUUAGCUUCCUGCCUUCUUCAUGCUUCUGGUUUUUUCUUCGGGUACAUUCUUGCUAGAAUGCUUGGGCUAGAUGUGGCAUCAUCGCGAACUAUAUCCAUUGAAGUUGGCAUGCAGAACUCAGUUCUCGGCGUAGUUCUGGCUGCCAAGCACUUUGGAGAUCCCCUAACAACAGUACCGUGUGCUGUUUCAAGUGUGUGUCACUCUAUCUUUGGUAGCAUCUUGGCUGGAAUGUGGAGACGCUCUGUGCCUCCUGAGAAGAAGAACUGAAUAUAGCUAGCUGAAUAAGCUUUUGCAUGUAACUAGGAUGUUUCAUUGUUCACUUGUAACAUUUUCUGGUCAACAAAUUAACUGUUUCUCGGUUGUCAUGGUUCUUCGAUCAUAUUAUUUUCUUGUAAUAGUUAAAAGUGACUUAGACUAAGUAUAUAUUUGGAUGCAUGGUGGAGAAUGUGAGAAUAUGAUUUUCUGGUCAACAAAUGUGAGAAUAUUAUUAGUACUUUUUGCUUGCUUUCUGGUUAUGCAAAGAUUGUUUUUGAUACCAAUGAGUACAUUCUCAGUUUUAUCC